CUCAGGAAGAGCAAAGGCGACCUCAUUAAUGGUUCUCUUCGCUUCUUGGAAAAUCAUUUAAUUUUCUGCAGAUCAAGGCUUUUAUUUAAACGAGACCAAGAGGUAAAGUGCAGCAAUAUAAAAUAUUCAGAUUACUUAUGCCUCAAUAGAGCUGAAGUUCAAUCAAACUGCAACCCAGACAACCAAAGCGGAAGGAAUGGUAUAUCCGAUUGGUACAGUCCUAUUUCAGCUAUUUCGCUCAUAUCAUAGUCGCAUGAAUAGGAGUAGUUUAUUGGAUAAUCAAUACGAAAUACUCAUUUUGCUUAAUUUUCAUGACGUGACUCAGCGGUGGUAUGAUCAGGGGUUAAAUCAAGAACUGAAACGAAGCGGGGUGAAGUUUCGUGCAUGAGCACAAAGGCAAAAUAAACAAUUCAGUUUCUCCAAGCCAACAGACAGUAAGUAAGACGAAGCUUCGAAGAGGAAUUCAGUCGUGUUGAAAACCUCCAAAGUACCGUAAUAUCCUCUCAGAACGAAAACCUCGGUGUACUUGGACGGUAGAAGCGUAUCUCGAAGCUAAGAUUGUAGUAAAGUUGAGCUAAUAUCGUCAUGGAAAGGGAUAAACAAAAUGUAAAAUCGUCAAAUUAAUAACCUAAUUGUGAAUUUAGUACUAUUUAUUAUUAGUAUUCAUUUAAUCAUUUCUUGAUUUCUUUGUUCUUUUUAUCGUCUUCUAGAACUUCUCCGAACAUAUUGACUAAGCUGAUUUGGGUUUAUUCUCACUGCACAGCAAUUAGAUUUGGGUAAGUGCCAAGGGAUAUUUCAGUGACAUAUCGACAUGUUUUGGCGUAUCUCGGUUAAUUACGAUUCGAGUAUUGUCUCUGUCAUGGUCUACUGGGUAGCGUUUGAGAUUAAUGCGACCGUUUCAGUCAGGAUUAUCUGUAGUUUUCAUUUUCGAAGGAGUUUCUGAUGAAUUGACUUUAUCCACCCAGACCUAGAUUCCCCAAGAACCAUGAAUGAGACGGAGGAGAUGGCCUCGAUGAUAUCAACUGAGGUGGAGUCAAACCGUCAACGAAAGUGCACUUGCUGCAAGCCCUCCCUCGGCCGGAUGAUUUUCAUGAUUAUGUAUUUAUUGCUUUUGCUGGCUGAAUUAGUGGUUACUUUCACUUUCAUUUAUUAUUUUGGAAAAUCAAUAUCGCCCGUUUUCACUUCGGAGAGUCACUUAAAAACCACGAAUGUAUCAUCUAGCACCAAAAAUGCCUCUCACGUAUUUCCAAUACAGCUUGUGCGCUACUUCGGCAUGACAGAAUCUUACUCCAGACUAAUUAUGGCCUUAAAUUGUUUGGACACAGUGAACUGUUGGAUCUUUCUUGGAGCAGUUUUCAUAUCUCCGCAUUUCACCGGCUUCUGCCCUCUGAUGAAAAAUCUUAUUCGUUUGCCGAAAUUUUGGACCUUACUAUUUGUAUUUGUUCUCUAUGUCACAGGGAAUGUUAUUGAGAGCACAAGUUCCUCAAUCGUCGCAUCCGUAUACAAAUUUAGAGCUAUGGUAGCAGUUUGCUUUACGUUCUCCCUGAAUGCGUUCUUUGUAACAAUGAUUCUUGGAGUUCUGAAUGAAAUGAAAAUUUGCCAUAUGGCGCCGGGGCAAGUGCACUUAAUAUUUAAGGGGGCACUUAUUAUCUUCUGCUUUCGAUUGCUUGUAUACUUGAUUAAUACAAUACUUUAUUUGGCUGUAAUCUUAUAUUUAAUCGCUGGAGUGAAGGAUAGCUAUUGGCGGAAGGGAGGUACGUUUACAACCUGUGUAAGUAGUUUUCUUUUCUUGCCUUUUUACAAAAAAGGAACUGAACUUGUAUGGACAAAAAUAUUUCAUGAUGACAAGUACAUUAUAGGGAAGAUUAGAGGCCCUGAAAGAUAAGACAGUGAUGUAAAUAGUACCAUCCAGGCUGUUUAAAAAUCAUCGAUAACUUUCUCUUUAGUCAGAAGAAGUAACUGUUUCUGUAGUUCUAUACAUUGUUGUAAUCAUACGGUCAUGACAUUUGAUUAUUAAAAAAUCAUGUUUUGCUAAGAUAAAAAAUGAAGCAAACUUUUCUCCAUGCAAAAUUAAAAUUACACGCGAAAGAAGAAGCCUCUAAAAUGUACCUCGCUGGCAACGUAUUUCAGUCGGUUGUACCCAACUAGUAUCUGAGAGUAGGGUUUCGAACCCCUUCGAAGCCUGAGUUUUUUUCAGGCUUAGCUUAUUUUCACGUUUGCUUUCAUGACAGCUAACCAGCGAGGAUCAUUGCUCUAACUGGUUUUUAUUCGCAGAUCAAAUGAACAGUAUUUUGUAUGCAAGUCAAAGAAAACAAUGCAAGGUUAUGUAAGCAUAGCAACAUCAAAGUAUAGUCUGUACCCCACUCCACCAGGUAUCAUCCCAUUUUCUGCUGCUUGAAACGACGGAGAUGAUUUGUAAUAGCUUUGAGUGAGGUACUGUCGAAUGACUGGGAAGAAGCAAAAGAGACUCUCAAUGAAAUUAAUUAAAAGUCUUCUCGAUAAGUUUGCGAAAAUCAAUACAGAACAUCAUUAUAAUACGCGAUUAUCUGCAAAAGAAUGCUUCUCUGUCAAAUUCUCUAGAACUGAAAAAAUGAAAAAAAUCUUUUACUAGAAUCGGUGUGUCUAUUUGGAAUUCUAUUCCACUUUCUGUUAAGACUCUCAACGUUUCUAAUUUUCGUAAAAAAAUUAAAUUACUACUCCUUAAUGUUCUAGGUAAUGAAGAUAAUUAUUUGAAUGUUAAGUUUUUAAUAGAAUAUUUUGUGAAGUUAACCUGAUAUAUUGUAUAUACCUC